GCGUAACUGACGUUAAAUGAGGAAGCUGAAGAGGGAAGGAAUAUUCUAACAACAAGCACGGUGCAAGACACGUUGCUCCUCCUUCGACCCACCAUGCUCCAGCACGCUCUACUGUCUGUUGGCUGCAAAGCCUGGCGCGCGCUCUCCUGCCCGAUAUCCGAGCUCCGGUUGGACCUCACUCUUGGAUGUGGACAAACUUUUCGGUGGCGUGAAACAGGGGAUGGGCAUUGGACAGGUGUAAUGGGUGGCCGAGUAUGGACCCUUACCCAGACAGAUGACACCCUCUGGUACUAUGUGUACACCAACCAAAACAACCAUGGCACAGGGAGUGUGUCGGAAAUGGGUUCGAGUGCAGAGUCUGUACCAGACAAGAGGCUGAAGGGUGUUGGCAGUAUGAAGCAGGAGGAUGAGGAGGGACUUAAGGUGACAUCAGUUCAUGAUUCCACUGAACAGGAGCUCCUGAAAGAUUACUUUCAGCUCAAUAUUCAGUUGGAGAAUCUGUACAAAGACUGGGGUGCCUGUGAUGACCACUUCAGACAUAUAGCCAGCAUUUUCACAGGAGUGCGUAUGCUGAAACAGGACCCCGUGGAGUGUCUCUUCUCGUUCAUCUGCAGCUCCAACAACCAUAUCUCACGCAUCCAGGGCAUGGUUGAGCGUCUCUGUCACACACUAGGACCUCGCCUGCUCACAAUUGAGGACACACACUAUCAUGAUUUCCCUACGCUGCAAGUCCUUGCAGAUAAUGGUGUUGAGGCGUGCUUGCGUGACCUGGGUUUUGGCUACCGCGCUCGUUUCCUGCAGCAGAGUGCUCGGCUCAUCUUGGACAAACACAGCCCUGACUGGUUACAUCAGCUCCGCGGCGCCCCCUAUGAAGAGGCACGGGAAGCGCUGCGUACUUUACCUGGUGUCGGAGUCAAGGUGGCCGACUGUGUGUGUCUGAUGUCUCUGGAUAAGCUAGACGCUGUUCCUGUCGAUACACAUGUGUGGCAAAUUGCCAAGCGAGAUUAUGGCUGCAGUUCUGGCAAUGGCCAGAAGACACUCACAGACAAAGUGCACCGAGAGAUUGGCGAUUUCUUCAGACAGCUCUGGGGUCCUUACGCAGGAUGGGCACACUCUGUCCUGUUCUGUGCUGACCUGAAGAAGUUCCAGAAACUGAAGGAGCGGGCUGCAGGCGUGAAGGCCGAGUGGGUGAAAUCAGAGGGCGACCAGAAGGGGAAGAGCAACUCUAAGAAACAGAAAGACAGACUGUCGGAGAGAAACGACGCCAAGGGGAAAACUGCGAAGAAGAUGAAGUUGGAGAAACCAUUCAGCAGGAACCGAACUGUCAAGGAAGAGGGAGAAUAGCUCUGAAUCAGAGGCAGAGAGAACUGAAAAUAAGACAUUUCACCUGGUUGAUGUCAGGAGUACAGCUGUCAGCUCUCCAACAACAACAGCAACCCAGCAACACAGAAAAGCUACAUGGCAGUGUUGUUGAGUUUGGUAGUUAUGGUCUGUGUGGCUGUAGUGCCAUCGUCAAGGGUCAAACAGUGCCGUAAGCUGAACUCAGGUGGACGCCAGGGGGGCGGUGGAUGGAAUGGCUGAAGCAUCUUCCUUCGUAUUUAAGAAAACACUGUAGUGUUCCGUAGAACUUAAGAAAUGUAUAUCUAAUCCUAAAGGAUGGCUGAAUCCUUCAAGGGCACAGAACGUUUUUUGAUCUCAGGAAUUAUUUGUAAAAUGAGAUGCAGAGCUCAGUUUGUAAACAUUGUGGAGGAAUGUUGCAGGCUAGCAAACAGUUAUUGGGUCUAUUCUACAGGAAACACCUGAUAUAGCAGGAGGUGCAAGAUUGUCAGAUUGUGAAGUACAGUAAACCACUGUAACCUCUUAUGCUCAAAAUUCAUCCAACAGUUUAAGGACAUUUGAGUUGCUCAGCUAUUCACAUGUCUAAUCCAAUGGUGGAACAGUGACAAAGUUGCUAUCAAGGAUAUUUUACUACACCAUGUCCUUUUAUUUGCUAUUUGCUUCUAUGUGUAAUAGAAGUCUGAUCACAUCUUUUCUUAUCUGAGUAGCAUGGAAGGUUAACGUGUGAGUUGUUUGAAUUAAAUUGAGGCCAAUAUGAAUUAAAGGGGGAAUAAUGUAGAGGCAGGAAAUGUCACGCAGGCUGCAGGCAUUAGCUGGCCUCUUUGGAUUUGGACUUCCCAGGUGUGUGUGACACAGUGCAUUGCAUUCCAGUGAACAGGAAAUCUGUUUAAGGUUUACCGCAUACCUCCCCGUCCUCACCAUCAGAGCUAUUUCACUGCACAGGACUGUCUCAAACACCCACUAUACACAAACCGCUUAUGGCACUGUCAAUGAAUUAGAUACCAGUUAUAUUCUCAUGUUCAACUUUGCUGCCAUUUACUGACCAAAAGGUGGCGCUCAUGAUAAAUGUUCCCCCCUAUUUUGUCCCUGUUGUAGUCACGUUUCACAUAUUAUUUCUGAAGCUCGUGUUGAGCUUUAUGCUACCCUCUUUUAAUAGAUAAAAUCUCAAUCUUGCCACUGUAAUUGUCACUCAUAAGUGGGCUAUUAAAAAUGUGUUUUUGUAAGAGGUAA